CCAACCACCCUUUACCAAUAAUAUUGAAUGAAUUGUGCAACGGGAGAGUACAGUACAGCAUUUCUUUCUUCUUCACCAAAUUUCAACAAACACACCAUUUCUUUCUUCUUCACUUCCAUCUCAUAUUUUUUUCUUUAAAUUUUAUAUCCAUCUACUAUUCUCUAAUUUUGUGUGCACCGACAUCUAUUUUGCAAUGAGAUUAUUAUACGUGUGAUUGUUGUUGUGUUGCUGCUGUUGUUGUUGCUUUUUGUGGCUUUUUGUCAUCAUAUUACAUUAUUUGAGGAGAUUGAUCAAUAUAUGUCUCAUCGGAGUUGGAUGUAUGAUAGAAAAUAUCCGGGUGGUAGGAUAGUUAAAGCGCGUUUUAAGGAUGGAGUUGAAGAAUUUGUUACUUACGCGAUGUCGCAAGAUAUUGUUAAAAGUGAGGGAGGGAUAAGAUGUCCGUGUAUUAAAUGUAUGUGUGGGUCGAUUGAGAGCGCAGAAAAUGUCAAAGCUCAUUUAGAGAAGGUCGGCUUUAUGAAUGAUUAUUAUGUGUGGAAACAUCAUGGUGAACGAGAGCCGAUGAAUAUUAAUAUUGAGUUUGAUGUUAAUACGGACGUGUCGAGUAGUGGAGCGCAAGCGGAGUGUGGAAAUUUUGGUCGGAUGCAAGAAAUGGUCGGUGACGCUCUCGGGGUGAACAUGUCCUACGAAGGGGGAGGCCAAGAGGAAAUAAUCCCGAACAACAAAGCACUGAAGUUUUAUGCAAUGAUGGAGGAAGUAAACAAACCGUUGUAUGAAGGGGCGUCUGACUCGAAGUUAUCCAUGUGUGUGAGACUCUUAGCUGCCAAGUCAAAUUGGAAUGUACCGGAAGAUUGCUUGGAGUUCUUCUCAAAAAUGAUGUUGGAUGCGACUCCUGUAAAAGACAACAUGCCGACAAGUUAUUACGAUGCGAGUAGGUUGGUGUCGAAGUUAGGGUUGCAAGUUAAAAAGAUUGAUUGUUGUGUUAAUGGGUGCAUGUUGUUUUAUGACAAUGAGUUCGGUACAAAUGAUGGCGCGUUGGAGGAGUGUAAAUUUUGCAAUGCACCGAGGUAUCAAGUCCGCAACAGUGACAUUCAUCGCAAACAAAAAAAGGUCUCAGUCAUCUUGACCCAAUGGCCUUGUAUAAUCGUCGAAAUCAGUCGGCAGUUAUCAUGGAGCCCGGUUCCAUAUUAAGGCCACCUACAUUUCAUUCAUAUGCACGGGAGCCUAGUUCCACUACAUUUCGGCCGGCUACAUUUAAUCCACCAUACCAGCUUACAUUUCAGUCCCAUGUACAAGAGCCUGGUUGCACUCCACCGGCAUUACAAUCUACUACAUUUCGGCCGACUACAUUUCGGCCAUAUGCACAAGACCCUAUGUUUCAGAACCACACUAGUUUUUUGGAUUUCCUAGGAACAUUUGGGCCCCCGCAACAACAACACCAACAACAGCCACAACAAUCCUUGCCACAACCAUCCACACAACAACAAUCCUCGACACAACAAUCAUCGCCACAACAAUCAUCGCCACAACAAUCCACGCAACAACAAUCCUCGACACAACAAUCCACACAACAACAAUCCACGCCACAACAAUCCACCCAACAAUCCACGCCACAAGAUCAAGAAGAGGAACAAUAUCACACCGUGCAUCGUUCACGACGAAAAUUCAAUUCAGAAGUUAAAUACUUGGGCAAAAAAAUCUUAAUCUACCCUGUGGGUAAUGGGUUGGAGCCAUGUACGGAGGUGGCUUUUUAUAUAACCAAAGCUAUCAAAGCCGUCUACAAAGAUUUUUAUCCCACCUUUGCAGCUUUGAUUAAAGCACAAGGGGUCAAAGAGGAAAUGUUUGAGGUGCUUUCAAACAAUUGCACGUGGGAGCCUCAUCAUCGUGAAGAUGUUGAAAACAAUUUUUAUUUUACAGCCGGUGAACGAUUGAAGGACAUGUUGUUUGAUGCAAGAGAGAAUUACAAAGUAAAGCAUGAUCCCCCGGAGCAUCCAUAUCGGCCUAAUUGGAUUGGAGAAGAAGCUUGGCAAAAACUGUUGUUUUAUUGGGAAAAUGACCCAACUUUUAAAAAACGCUCCCAGGCAAACAAAGGUAACAGAAACUCAAGCAAAGGGGGCAAUUUGCAUACUCAGGGAUCUGUCAGCGUCUAUUGUCAUGCUCAACAACUGAUAAAAGAGAAGGGUUCCAAUGUAGACAUCCCUGACAUCCACAAAGAUACUCACACAAAGAGCACGGGUGCCUAUGUGGAUCAGCGGUCUGAGACUACUCAGAAGUUAUAUGAUGACUACAUUGAGAAAUUUCUGGAAAAACAUACCGAGUAUUCCAACCGUGAUGAAAUACCCGGCAUCAUCCGACGAGAUAUUUGGCAGGAGGUAUCUGGACCCGGGACGAAGAAGACCAAAUAUGGUUUUGGGAAGUUAGCCCCCAACGUGAGACAUGAAAACCUUAUCCAUAUUCCUACACCUGAAGAAAGGUCUCGUCUUGUACCACUGCCCCCUGCGGCGCAAGCAGAAAUUCGAAGAUUGACUCAGGAGUUGCAGGCACAAAGAGAGGAGCUAAAUAGGCGGGCCCAACAAGAUGAAGAGAGGCAUCAAAUGAUGCAGCAAAUGAUGGAGGAGCAAAGAAGAGAAAUGAGCGCGUUAAAGGAAAUGUUAGCUUCUUCGUCCAGGAAUGCUCCAAUUGACGAAACUAAUCCUCACGAGGACUCAACUAAUUCUAAUAAUGGGGACACAGACGCAAAUUAGAUAACAAAGCAACUCUGUACAGUUUAGGGACUGAUUUUGCGUAACUCGGAUGGCGAAACAGUCUGAAGUGCAUGCAAAAGAGAAGACUUUAUGUUGAUCUGCUUAUGGCUGAAGCGCUGGGGUUUUGUUGGCUGAAGCACUAAAGACUUUCUAUUCAUUUUGAUGCUGCUAAUGUGGUAAACUGUAUUUAUAGAAAUUCUAGCUUUGCUGCUAUUAAUUUAAUUGUCAAGGAUUGUAGGAAGUUAAUGACUAGGUUGACAAAUGUAUAUGUUUUGUUUGUUGGUAGAACACAAAUUCUGGUGCUCACAAUAUGGCCUCUUUGACUAGUAUUAUAGGUAAUAGAAUUUGGGUAAUAGUAUUAUGGGUACAAUUUGGCCUCUUUC